GUGCUCCGUGGGCUGCGCUCAGCUUCCCCUCGCUGCCGCUCCAGCGCGCCCGCGCUUCCCCCUUCCUUCCCGCCCCCGGUCGCUCCCUUUCUUCCCUCCCCCGCCGGGCCGGCGCCGCCGGCUGCCCCGCAGAGCGGGCGGGCGCCCGCGUUCACACCUUCCCGGUGCCGCGGGGCAAGGAGCUCGGCCGGGGCCUGCCCGCGCCGCCCGCCGAGGGCUAGACCGCUCUCCGCCGCUCGCCUGCCCGCCCGCUCGCCAUGGCCCGCGGGAAGGCCAAGGACGGCGAUGGAAACUGGAAGAAAUUCAUCUGGAACUCGGAGAAGAAGGAGCUGCUGGGCCGCACCGGGGGCAGCUGGUUUAAGAUCCUCCUCUUCUAUGUCAUCUUCUACGGUUGCCUGGCAGGUAUAUUCAUUGGGACCAUCCAAGUGAUGUUGCUCACCGUCAGUGAAUUUGAGCCCAAAUACCAGGAUCGAGUGGCACCUCCAGGACUGACCCAAGUCCCCCAGGUACAAAAGACAGAAAUUUCCUUUACUGCCUCCGAUCCCAAAAGUUUUGAGCCAUACGUGAAGAACCUCGAGAAGUUCUUAAAGGACUACAGUGCUGAUCAACAAACCGAAAGCAUAGUGUUCCAGGACUGUGGGGAUGUACCUAGCGAUUACAAAGAGAGAGGACCAUACAGCGAUGCCCAGGGCCAGAAGAAAGUCUGCAAAUUCAAACGUGAAUGGCUGGAAAAUUGUUCUGGAAUAAAUGAUCCGACCUUUGGGUACAGGGAUGGCAAACCGUGCAUCCUCAUCAAGCUCAACAGAAUUAUCGGCUUCAAACCUAAGGCUCCGGUAAAUGAGAGCCUCCCUCCAGAGGUUAUGCCAAAAUACAAUCCGUACCUCAUCCCUGUGCACUGCGCCGCUAAGAGAGAGGACGACAUGGACAAAAUAGGCACGGUGGAGUACUACGGGAUGGGCGGGUACCCCGGCUUCGCCCUGCAGUACUACCCCUACUACGGGAAGCUGCUGCAGCCACGGUACCUGCAGCCGCUGGUGGCCGUGCAGUUCACUAACCUGACCUACGACAUGGAGGUGCGUGUGGAGUGCAAGGCCUACGGGCAGAACAUCCAGUACAGCGACAAAGACCGCUUCCAGGGACGCUUUGAUAUUAAAUUUGACAUAAAGAGCAGCUGAUUGUAAGCACAACUUCUCUUCUCCCCCGCCCUCCUCCAAUCCCAGCCCCCACCUUCCUCCUCCUAGCCAUUUAAAAAGGUUAAAAAAACAAAAAACCCAUUAAAAAAAAAAGAACAAAAAAGAAAACCUACUAGUCUUGAACAAACUGUCAUACGUAUGGGACCUACACGUAAUCUAUAUGCUUUACACUAGCUUUCUGCAUUUACUAGGUUAGAAUGUAAACAAAGUGUAGCAAUAGCGAAAAAUAUUUAUUCUACUGUAAAUGACAAAAGAAAACAAAAUUGAGCCUUGGGACAUGCCCAUUUUUACUGUAAAUUAUGAUUCCAUAACUGACUCGUAGUAAGCAGUGUUUCUGGCCCCUAAGUAUUGCUGCCUUGUGUAUUUUAUUUAGUGUACAGUACUAUAGGUGCAUACUCUGGUCAUUUUUCAAGCCAUGUAUUGUAUCUGUUUUCUACUUCUCGUGAGCAAAGACUUUUGCUGUCCAAGGUGUAAAUACUCAAUGGGACUAGAACUGGCAUGAUAACUUCUCAUUAUUUCGUUCCUUUUCGAAGAAAGGCCCACCUGCGAGACUCUAUUUCACAGCACUCCAUCCGGCUUCUGACUUUUUUCCUGUGGUGUUUGUUUGUUUAGAGUAUUUUAUUUGGAGGGGUGGCAGGGCAAACACUAACUUAAGCGAAGGCAAAGAGAAUAGAUGAUUGUGUACUGUGCUUCGUAGCGGAUGCUGUCUCUCUCUCUCUCUCUCUCUCUCUCUCUCUCCAUCUUUUCCCUCAUCCUCCAGUACGUUGUGUGAGAGACCGAGUCAGACUAUCACUCUCCUGGGUGAUAGGUGUGUAACUCUUUGCUUUGUAUAUGUUCUUUUGGGUUUUUUUUUCUUUUUUUCUUUUUUUUUUGUUCUUUUUCCUGCUGGAGGCAUCGCACACUGUGGUGCUAAUGUCUUUAUUGAAUGUUUUAACCAUUUUCAUGGUGGAAGAGUUUUAUAUUUAUGCAGUUGUACAAUUUUAUUUUUUCUGCAAGAAAGUGUAAUGUAUGAAAUAAACCAAAGUCACAUGUUUGAAAAUAAAUCUUUAUUUUAAACUUUAUAAAAGCAAUGCAGUACCCCAUAGAAUGGUGUUAAAUGUUGUCUAAAGUGCAAAACUCUAUGUUCUAACAUGUAAUAAUAGCCAGGAGUACAGUGCUCUUGUUGAUCUUGUAUUUCAGUCAGGUUGAAACAUUGGACAAAUAAAUGAAUGAACACAC